AAGCAGAGGGCCCAGGUUUCCUAUCGUGUGGCCCUUUCGUCAUUUAGCAGCAAUGGGAAGUUACGCCGAGGACGUUUCAAGGAAGUUUAAUUUUGGCAUUCGGCAUUGCAACACCCAUUGCGACACCGUGGAAAAUGUGGGUCCUGGUGUCACAGGUUCCUCAUGGAUGAUGCUGCCAGGAGAUCGCGUUGUCAGGGAGAGCCAUUUCCCUAGGGAUGAGGGGCUCUCACAGACCUCCUUGGGGUAACCCCUUCCUCCUCUUCUUCCUUUCCAUUCUCUUCUCAGAGGGAGUGAAAGCUGUGGCCCAGGUGGUCGUCUUCAAGUCCCGGAUCUGGGACAUCAAUCAGAAAUCCCUUUAUCUGCAGGACAAUCAGUUGGUGGCUGGAUACCUGCAAGGCCCUAACUCUGCAAUGGAAGAGAAGUUUUACUGGGUCCACAACCUGGCCUUUGAGCACCAGAAAUCCCCGGUCAUCUUGAGCAUCCAGGAUGGGAAGAAGUGCCUGGCCUGCUCUCCGGGGGCCAAGCCUGCCCUGCAGCUGGAGAGUGUCAACAUCACGGAGCUGCCCAAGAAGGGCCGCCGCCGCCAGGAGUCCACCCGCUUCACCUUCUUCCUCUCCAACCGGGAUGGGAUCUCGCGCUUCGAGUCGGCUGCCCAUCCAGGCUGGUUCCUCUGCACAUCGGCCAGGAGCAACGAGCCCCUCGCCCUCACCCGGGACCCUGGCCCCAACCAUGUGGUGGACUUCUACUUCCAGCCAUGCUGAAGCCUUUACCCCACAGAUCCCCAUGUGCCCCAGCACCGCAGAGCUGCUCCUAUACAAAGAUGCACCCUUCACUGUUCAUUCUAGGCCAGGGGUCCUCAAACUACGGCCCGCAGGCCGAAUACAGCCCUCUAAGGUCAUUUACCCGGCCCUCGCUCAGGGUCAACCUAAGUAUGAAACGACUUGAAAGCACACAACUACAACAAUCCUAUCUCAUCAGGCAAAAUCAGGCCCAUGCUUCCCAUUGAAAUAUUAAGUUUUUAUUUGUUAAAAGUAUUCUUCAUUUUAAUUAUUUUAUUGUUUUAAGUGUUUUUUGCACUACAAAUAAGAUAUGUGCAGUGUGUAUAGGAAUUCAUUCAUAUUUUUUUCAAAUUAUAAUCCGGCCCUCCAACAGUUUGAGGGACUGUGACCUGGCCCUCUGUUUAAAAAGUUUGAGGACUCCUGUUCUAGGCUUAUGUCAUCUGCUAAGAGCCAGACUUCUUCUCUGGGCCACAGGAUUUUUUAAAAAUAUUUUUAUUGUGGUUUUCUUUUACAGUGUGAAUUUAAAAAGACUUUGAGAAGGGGAAAGAAAGAAAAAAAAUAGAGAAGAAAGGGAAAGGAGGGGAAACAAAGAAAGGGAAAGAAAGAAAAUGAGAAAAAAGGAUAAAAUUAUUGUGUUGAUCUUCCCAAUCUUCAUCUUUGUGGUGAACAUCAAUUCAUCCAGACGUCCCCUGGGCAACGUCCUUGCAGACGGCCAAUUCUCUCACACCAGAAGCGACUUGCAGUUUCUCAGGUCGCUCCUGACACGACAAAAAAAAAUCUUUGUGGUUAUAUACUGUUCCUUCUGUUUUUGCUUUUCUAUUUGCUCCUCUUUCACCUGAUGUCUUGGAGUGCUCAUUUAUUUUUCUCUAAUAUUAUUAUUGUUAUCUACCCCUGAAUAUUCUUUAAAUCUUCAAAUUAAUUUUAAUAUCUUUCAUGUAAUCCAUUACUAAUGUCCAAUCUGUUGUUUUCAAGAAUCUGCCUUGUGUUUUUGCUACUAAAAAGGUCAGUUUAUCCAUACUCAACAACAACAACUUUUUAUUGAUUAGCCAGUUGGCGUUAUCAAAACAGACAUACAAAUACAUCUAGUCCUCUUAAAAUAAAAUACAAAUAUACAGG